AAAUCUAGUGAAGCCAUAGAUCUAGAGAUUAGGAUGAUGAGAUUCGCGGUUCUUCUGUGUGCGGAGGACAGUGAGUACGUGAAGAAGAAAUACGGAGGUUACUUUGGUGUAUUCCUUAGAAUGCUGGCGGAGGAAGGCGAGAUUUGGGACGUAUUUCGUGUCGCCGCUGGACAGUUUCCCGACGACCAACAGAUCGGGCUUUAUGACGGUUUUGUGAUUACCGGUAGCUGUAACGACGCUCACGCCGAUGAUGCUUGGAUCUCUCAGCUUCUCACUCUGCUCAACAAAUUGGAUUCCAUGAACAAAAAAAUUCUCGGCAUUUGCUUUGGUCACCAGAUACUUGCACGUGCCUUGGGGGGUAAAGUAGCCCGUGCAGUUUCAGGGUGGGAUAUAGGGGUCCGGACCAUCAACUUCUCAUCAUCCACAACGAUUUUCGCUAAUUUGGAAAUGCCAACUAGUCUUUCCUUGAUUGAAUGUCAUCGUGACGAGGUUCACGAACUCCCAUUGGAGGCGGAGGUGUUGGCAUGGUCAGAAAAGACUCGAGUGGAGAUGUUCAGGUAUCGCGAUCACAUCAUGGGUGUUCAAGGGCACCCCGAAUACACCAAUGAUAUUCUUCUACAACUCAUCGAUCGCCUUCUCCAACGCAAUCUUAUCGAGGAGUCGUAUGCCGUGGAAGCCAGAGCUAACGUGGAGAAGGUUGAACCCAACAGGGAGGCUUGGAAGGAGUUGUGCACCAGUUUUCUCAAGGGUAGAGGAUGAUGAAUAUAAAUUGUUAGACGUUAUAUCGUCCUAAUUA